AUGGAACCUGAAGACUUUGAUCCUGAAGACAAAGAGGUGUUAAACUGGGACAUUAAUGACAUGAAACUGCCACAGAAUGUGAAAAAGACUGACUGGUUCCAGGAGUGGCCGGAUUCCUAGGUGAAGCACAUCGACAGCUCAGAGGACAGGAAGGCACAGCGACACCUGAGCAGCCGGGCCAUGCGCAACACGAACAACCACAACUCUCGCCUCCUCAAGAAGUCCUGUCUGGGUGUGCUGGUAUGCGGCCACAGCUGCUCUACCAAGGAGGGGCGCAAGGUCUACCUGAGACCUGCGAUCUGGGACAAGGCCCAGCAGAAGCAGCGGAAGAAAAGUUGUCCCUACUGUAAUGGGCCUUUGAAGCUGAUUCCUUGCCGUGGCCAUGGGGGCUUCCCCGUCACCAACUUCUGGAGACACACUGGAUGCUUCAUAUUCUUCCAGUCAAAGGGAGAGCAUGAUCAUCCAAAGCCRGAAACCAAGUUAGAAGCUGAGGCAAGAAGAGCAAUGAAGAAAGUGCAUGGGGCACCUGCCUCUGUCUCCCUAAAGCUGAAGGGGAACCCAGGAUCCAAGUCUCUUCCAGGUGAAACACAAAGUCAGGGAAGUUUACCUUUAACUUGGUCAUUCCAGGAAGGUGUCCAAUUGCCUGGCAGUUACAGUGGACAUUUAAUAGCUAACACUCCCCAGCCGAAUUCACUGAAUGAUUGCUUAUCCUUMUCCAAGAGUUAUGGUUCAGGGGGAACCACUGAUCUGGCAGACCCGACUUCCACCUUAGACCCCACUAAGCUGUAUGAAAAAUGCAGAUUUUCCAGUAAUAGGAUCUACAAUAGUGGAGACCUGUUUCAGCCUUCUGCCUCUGGAGUCUACUCAGAUUAUGACAAUCUGCAAGCAUGGAAUAAAAAYGCUGCUUUGGGGAGAAGCCCUCUCAAUGACAACUAUUGUCCCAAUUAUCCUUUUCCUCUGAUCGGCUGGCCUUGUGACUUCUUUCCUUCCCAGAAUUCUUUGGAGAACUUUCCCCAGCAGAUUCCCCUGGAACCACCUGCUGCCAAAACUAGCUGCCACCCAUUAUGGCCAAAUCCAGGGGGCGAGCUUUAUGAAGAGAAAGUGCCUGUGGAUUUCAACAGCUACGUUCCUUCUCUCGCUUACCAUCCACCACAGGAAGACCCCUUUCUGUUCGCCUACACCCCCCAUCCUCACCAGCAAUGCUCCCUGCCAGGCAAGAGCACCAAGUGGGAUUUUGAGGAAGAAAUGACAUAUAUGUUGGAUCAUUGCAACAAUGAAAUGCUUCUAAACCUCUGUCCUUUAAGAUGA